UUGCAGGUGCCGGAGUCGCAGUACGGCACGUUCGUGUGGCCCUGCGCCGUGGUCCUGGCCCAGUACCUCUGGGUCCACAGGAGGAGCCUGCCGGGCAAGCGGGUGCUGGAGAUCGGUGCCGGCGUGAGCCUCCCCGGCGUGGUGGCGGCCAAGUGCGGAGCCGAAGUGAUCCUGUCCGACAGCGAGGAGCUGCCCCAGUGCCUGCAGAACUGCCGGAGGAGCUGCCUGGCAAACGGCCUGCCCCACGUACUUGUCGUGGGGCUCACCUGGGGGCAGGUGUCUCCAGAGCUGCUCUCUCUGCCUCCCAUAGACAUUAUUUUAGGAUCGGAUGUCUUUUUUGACCCAAAAGACUUUGAAGAUAUUUUAACUACAGUUUACUUCUUGCUGGAAAAGAAUCCACAUGCUCAAUUCUGGACUACUUAUCAAGUGCGAAGUGCUGACUGGUCUAUUGAAGCUCUGCUCUGCAAGUGGAAACUGAAGAACAUCAAUGUUCCCUUAAGGUCCUUCAGUGCAGACAAAGAGCACUUGGCCAGCUCUCCUCUACCAGGAAGACACACAAUUGAAAUGAUGAUCAUCUCACUAGCAAGCUCAGAUGAUACUUAA